CUGGGCUGGGCCCAGGCGGCCCCUGGUGUUUCAUCCGUGCUCCACUGCCUUGGGCUGGGGCUGAGUGCUCCCGGUAUAAUCACCUUCCCGCUGGGGCUGUAGAAGCUGACGGAGAGAACCCUGGCCUCAGUGGGAGCAGUGGGAUGUCCGAGGGGCCCUGGUCAUGGAGGUCCCUGGGAGCAGAGGCGAGGGGCCAGGAACUUGAAAAGCAGAAGGGCCCUGUGCUCUCAGGGCGCCCCACCCGGCUGGGCCCCUCGGCUGCCACUGGUCGGGAGUGGGGGGCCGUGACGCCAUAAUCCCCUGGGUCCGGGCUAACGGCUGUGAGUGGCACCGCAGGCUCCCGCCCCCGGUUCCCGUGGGCUGGGCCGGCCUCGGUGCGGCUGGGUGCACGCAGUCGGAGGCGGCGCCGGCCAGGCCGCCGGGCGCCUAUGGACGCGCGGAGCCCGCUGUCUCCCCGGGCCAGCGCGUUCAGCAUCGCCUCUCUGGUUGCAGCAGAGGCCGCAGAGCGUGCCGCCCGCCUGGGCCCCGGGUCCCCCAACCGGGCGAAGCUUCACCGGCUGCUGGAAUCCCCGGCCGGGAUGCACUUCAGCACCGUCACCAGGGACAUGGAAGCCUUCACGGCCAGCAGCCUGAGCAGCCUGGGGGCCGCCGGGGGCUUCCCGGGCGCCGCGUCGCCGGGCGCGGACCCAUACGGCCCGCGCGAGCCGCCGCCGCGCUACGACCCGUGCGCCGCCGCCGCCCCUGGCGCCCCUGGCCCGCCGCCGCCGCCGCCGCACGCCUACCCGUUCGCGCCGGCCGCCGGGGCCGCCACCAGUGCCGCUGCCGAGCCCGAGGGCCCUGGGGCCAGUUGCGCGGCCGCCGCCAAGGCGCCGGUGAAGAAGAACGCGAAGGUGGCCAGCGUGAGCGUGCAGCUUGAGAUGAAGGCUCUGUGGGACGAAUUCAAUCAGCUGGGCACCGAGAUGAUCGUCACCAAGGCUGGCAGGCGCAUGUUCCCCACCUUCCAAGUGAAGCUCUUCGGCAUGGACCCCAUGGCUGACUACAUGCUCCUCAUGGACUUUGUGCCCGUGGACGACAAGCGCUACCGGUACGCCUUCCACAGCUCCUCCUGGCUGGUGGCCGGGAAGGCAGACCCUGCCACUCCAGGCCGAGUGCACUACCACCCAGACUCGCCUGCCAAGGGCGCACAGUGGAUGAAGCAAAUCGUGUCCUUCGACAAGCUCAAACUGACCAACAACCUGCUGGACGACAACGGCCACAUUAUUCUCAACUCCAUGCACAGAUACCAGCCCCGCUUCCAUGUGGUCUACGUGGACCCGCGCAAAGAUAGUGAGAAAUACGCCGAGGAGAACUUCAAAACCUUUGUGUUCGAGGAGACGCGCUUCACGGCCGUCACUGCCUACCAGAACCACAGGAUCACGCAGCUCAAGAUCGCCAGCAACCCUUUCGCCAAAGGCUUCCGAGACUGCGACCCCGAAGACUGGCCCCGUAACCACCGGCCCGGCGCGCUGCCGCUCAUGACCGCCUUUGCGCGCUCGCGGAACCCGGUGGCCUCCCCCGGGCAGCCCAACGGCGCGGAGAAAGACGCGGCCGACGCCCGGCGAGAAUUCGAGCGCGAUGCGGGCGGGCCGGCCGUGCUCGGGGACCCGGCGCCCCCGCCGCCGCUGCUGGCGCGCGUGCUGAGCCCCGCGUUGCCCGGGGCUGGCGGCGCCGGUGGCCUCGUCCCGCUGCCCGGCGCGCCCGGAGGCCGGCCCAGCCCCCCGCACCCCGAGCUGCGCCUGGAGGCGCCCGGCGCGUCGGAGCCGCUGCACCACCACCCCUACAAGUACCCGGCAGCCGCCUAUGACCACUACCUCGGGGCCAAGAGCCGGCCGGCGCCCUACCCGCUGCCCGGCCUGCGCGGCCACGGCUACCACGCGCACGCACACUCGCACCACCACCCGGUGAGCCCGGCGGCCGCGGCCGCCGCCGCCGCCGCUGCCGCUGCCGCCGCCGCCAACAUGUACUCGGCAGGGGCCGCGCCGCCUGGCUCCUACGACUACUGCCCCAGAUAACGCGGCCGCCCCCCCGCGGGCCCGGGCAGCCCUGAGGCCGGCAGGGAACGCGCCCCAGCCCCGGGCCUCCGCGGGUCCCCCCUUCUCCAGCCUCGCAGCCACGGGGUCCUCCGCCCUCCGCCCAAGCGCUGUCGGAAGAUCUGGUUCUCCAGCCCGGGCACCACCGCGGCCCCCCUCCUCCCCAGCCCGGAGGGCCACGGGCCGCGCCGCCAGUGCCAAAGCGCCCGGUCAGCGCGGAAGGAAGUGAUAUUUAUUGUUCUCCGCGAGACCGCGUCGCCCCCGGCCCGGCCAGCAGCUGCCGUGUACACGACCCGGGAGCCCUGUCUGCAGGCGGUGUAGAUACGUGUAGAUAUUUGUAGAUACUGUAGAUAUCGCGCCUUCAGCGACUUGAUAAACGGUUUCGCCUCUUUUGGAA